UGUCCACUUCUCAUUGCAAUAGUUUCAUAUUAUCCAUUCGAAAAAAAUUUAUUAUAAAAUUACAAGAACAACGUAACAAAUAUAAAUUGAAAGUAGUUAAUUUAUAUAGAACCAUUAUUUAAUUAUUUAAUAAAAUGAGUCAUCAAAGUAAACUUUCUCUUAUGAGUAAUCCAACUCCAACAUUGAAUCAUGAUACGCAUUAUGGUGUAAUGUCGGAUACUUACUUGAAGAAAUAUAGACAGAACGCAAUCUCCUGGAAUACGCCCAGAAAAACACGAGCCGUCGAUUCUUUGGGAAGAAUAAUAGAAACGUGUAAUAGAUCAGUUUCCAAGCACAGGAAGAAUUCAUUAAGAAUUAACACAUCGCACAAAUGUGGAAAAACCAAAUCGCGUAUCUUACAACGGUGUAAGCGGAUCCAAGAAUUAUCACGACCUAGAUUAUGCAUUGAAAAAAAUGUUACGGAGGAAUCAAAAUCAUUUAAAGUACAAAAAAGUGCUCUUAGAUGUGAAGCUUCAUCGAGAAUAAAAAAUUUAGCAAAGCCAAAAGAAACAAAGAAUCGACAGAAGGAACCACGUACCUGCAAAACUACUGAUAUUUCGAUAAAUUUAUCAACACGUAUUGCUAAAUUGGCUGAACCCAAAAUUCGAGAAUCCAUUGCAGUCAAUCAGUUAGGAAGAGUGAACGAGAAGGCGUUGUUUGCUACAGCAACCAAAAGAGUAAAUGAAUUGGCGGUGCCAAGAAUCUUUCGAACAGAAAAUGGAAUUGACAAAGAUAAACGGAGUCCAUUCCAAGUGAGCCGACAAGCUUUAAAUGCUAUUUGUUCAGCUAGAAUGGAAGAAUUAGCCAGACCAAAGGUAGCUGGAAUCUAUUUCAAUCGAUGCAAUAGUGAGGUUGAAAAUUUACGAUUGUUAUUAAUUUGAAAAACUUCACUAUAAAAUACGUCAAAUCAAGUUUGAU